AUGCCUUCACCCAGCGUGUCCAUUAUAGCUGGUAUCGCCCUUAUUGCUGCUGCGGUCUACAAGUUCAUCAUCUAUCCUGCUUUUCUUUCUCCUCUCUCUAAGAUACCAGCGGCGAACUGGUCUGUCCACUUUUCCUCCUUAUGGAUCAACUACAUCCGAUACACAAACGUAGAAAACGCCACCGUUUUCGAACUGCACAAGAAUAAAGGUCCUAUCGUGCGUAUGGGGCCUGCCGAACUCAGCGUAAACUGUUACGAAGGCGGCCUGAAGACCAUCUACACGGGCGGAUUUCCAAAGACUGAAUUCUACAUCAAUCGCUUCAUGAACUAUGGCAACAUUGGCAAUAUGUUUUGCUUCAUCGACAGCAAGACCCACUCAACCCGCAAACGCAUGCUCUCUAACAUCUACUCCAAAUCUGUGGUCCUGGCCUCACCCACCGCGCGCGCUACUUCCAAAGCCAUCCUCUACGAUCGCCUCCUCCCCAUCUUUCAGAAAUCAUCAGACUCCAAAAAUGCAAUCGAAGUUCACUCUCUGGACUACGCCUACGCCAUGGACGCCUUCAUGGCGUAUCAAUUCGGCCUCGACAUCGGCAGCAACUUCAUCCAGGAUGUCGAGAAGCGCAAAUGGUACCUGCACCUCUUCUUUUCUAGGCGGCCGUACCUAUUUUGGACGACUGAAGUACCGACGUUCACAGCGUGGAUGCACAAGCUCGGCAUUAGGCUCGUCCCGCAAUGGGUCGACAACGCGACGGUCGCGCUUGAGAAUUGGAACCUGGAUAUCUGCGAUAAGGCCGAGGCGCUGCUUUCCUCCCCCGCGGCAGCUUCUACACCCGCCAUCUCCUAUCCCGCGAUCUACGCCGUCGAGCGCGCCAAGUUCCAAAAGGCAGACAUCAAGCCCCCGCCUCAAAUGACCGCAAAAGACCCGCGCCAGACCUACCCUCGCAGGUUAGACAUCGCAUCAGACAUGUACGACCACAACGCCGCAGCCCACGAGACGUCAGGUGAUACCUUAACCUGGCUCUACUACGAGAUGUCCCUACGCCCCGCGUUACAAAAACAGCUACGUGAAGAACUACUGACCCUCGACCCCCCAAUCCUCUUCCCAGCGCCCUCGGCCCACUUCGAGCUCCCGGAUCCGAAGAAAGUCGAUGCCCUCCCGCUCCUCGAUGCAAUACUGCAGGAGACUCUCCGCCGCUGGGUCUCCGUCCCAGGCGGCCAGCCCCGCGUCACCCCCGGCGUGUGCAGUCUGGCCGGCUACGACGGUAUCCCCGGCGGCGUGCGCGUGCAGAGUGCUGCUUAUGUACUUCACCGCAACCCAGAGGUGUUUCCGGAUCCCGAGGCGUGGAAGCCCGAGCGGUGGCUAGACGCUUCGGUCGACGAGCUGAACGAGAUGAGGCGGUGGUUCUGGGCGUUUGGGAGUGGGGGCCGGAUGUGUAUUGGGAAUAACAUCGCUAUACAUUCGAUGAAACACGCGAUAGCAGCCAUCUACACCAACUUCACGACCACUAUCGUUGACGCCGAGGGGAUCGAGCAGGACGAUGGCUUCACGGCGGGGCCGAAGGGGAAUAAGCUGUGGCUGCAGUUCCAUCAUGUGUGAAGCUCCUCAAGCGCUUUAUAUCAUUAAUUUUCAUAAGGAGAAGCCAUUUAGUCAUGAGGUAGCUUAAGUUCCGCUAAGUGCAAUUUGACUUCGUGCCUACCUUUUAGAAACCGUCUUGCCCUAUUAGGAGGCACGCCCAGCAAUGACAAACGAGCAUCCACACCC